AUGAGUGAUCUUGAUAGGGCGAUCGCCCAACUUCGCGCCUGUCGCUUAAUCCCCGAAGCCCAAGUCCGCGAACUCUGCUACAAGGCGCGAGAGCUCCUGAUAGAAGAAGGAAAUGUGGUUUGCGUUGAUGCACCAGUUACGAUAUGCGGGGAUAUCCAUGGACAAUUCCACGACCUGAUGGAGCUGUUCCGAGUUGGCGGAGAUGUUCCUGACACCAACUACCUGUUUAUGGGAGACUUUGUCGACCGUGGGUUCUAUUCAUUAGAGUCGUUUCUGCUCCUUCUCUGCCUCAAAGUUCGCUAUCCCGAUCGGAUCACGUUGAUUCGCGGCAACCACGAAUCCCGACAGAUUACGACUGUCUACGGUUUUUACGACGAGUGUAUCCGCAAAUACGGAAGUGCCAAUGUUUGGAGAUAUUGCUGCGAGGUGUUCGACUACCUAGCAUUAGGAGCUCUGGUCCUUGGGGCCAGCUCAGAUCUGGAGUCGUCAGGACCAUCUUACAACGACACAACACAAUCGACUAUGUCGACCGAAGACGGCGAACUCGAGACCGAGGUGUUAAACUCCAAAGGAGAAGUCCUCAUGAAAACUUAUAAACAAAGACCACGAAGCUCACUAGACAACGGAAGCACGUCACCGCCGAGGACGCAGAGCCAGACAUCUAUGCGAACCGGCGCCCCAGGAACGGGCGCGUCCGGCGGCGGCGGCAGCAACAACAGCAGCCGAACCGGUGCCGUCCUCUGCGUCCACGGCGGCCUAUCCCCACUCAUCGACACAGUCGAUAAGAUUCGCCUCAUCGAUCGCAAACAGGAAGUCCCUCACGAAGGCGCCAUGUGCGAUCUUCUGUGGUCCGACCCCGACGAGAUCGACGGCUGGGGCCUCAGCCCCCGCGGUGCAGGCUUCCUCUUCGGCGCCGACAUCGUCAAGGGAUUCAACUACAAGAACGACCUCUCCCUCAUCGCGCGCGCUCACCAGCUCGUCAUGGAGGGCUAUAAGGAAAUGUUCGACGGCGGCAUUGUCACCGUCUGGUCGGCGCCUAACUAUUGCUACCGCUGCGGGAAUGUCGCUGCUAUCCUAGAGCUAGGCGAAGAUACGAGCAAUGGAGGCACCGUGACUAGAAGUAAUGGCGACUACAACCGGAGCAAUGGAAUUUUGACCGGUACCGUGAAUAAACAGACGCUGCGUAGCCCCGGGCGAAGAUAUCGCGUCUUCGAAGCCGCUGCGCAGGAUACAAGGGGUAUGCCCGCGAAGAAGCCAGUUGCUGAUUAUUUCUUGUGA